UCUCCAGCUCACCGGUGGUUUAUUGUGUGCUGUUGGAGGAGAAACGAGGGCGUUCAGCUGGUGGAGCUCUGCUGUACUCUACUGUACUCUGGAUUUUCAUUUUCGGGGACGAACAUCUGUAUAUGUGAAAGCAAAAUUUUGGUUUUAUUUUCAAGAUGUGUACCCCUUGCUGUUUAACCCAGCUGGCCUGCUGCUGCGGCUCGGCCGCAUGCUCGUUCUGCUGCUCCUGCUGUCCCAAGAUCAAGCAAUCAACAGGGACGCGCUUCAUGUACGCCCUCUACUUCAUGCUGGUCACCAUCACGUGCGUGAUCAUGAUGUCCCCCACCGUGGAGAUGCAAAUGCGUGAUAAUAUUCCAUAUUACUCAGAGAUUUGUAAGAAGCUGAAUGCUGGCGAGAACUGCAGCACCCUGGUCGGAUACUCGGCCGUCUACAAAGUUUGUUUUGGCAUGGCAUGCUUCUUCUUCUUCUUCUUCGUGUUCACCAUACGAAUACGGAGCAGCACAGGGUGUCGGGCGGCCAUACACAACGGAUUCUGGUUCUUGAAAUUUUUGGCUUUGCUAGCCUGCUGUGCAGGAGGAUUCUACCUGCCUGGAGAAGAAAAGUUUCUCGAAGUGUGGCGUUAUGUGGGAGCUGCCGGAGGCUUCCUCUUCCUCGUAAUCCAGCUCAUGCUCCUAGUUCAGUUUGCUCACAGAUGGAACCAGAACUGGAGUGCAGGUGUAGACCACAACAAGCUUUGGUACGCAGCACUAUCCCUGGCCGCUUUGGUGCUCUUCUCCAUUGCAGUGGGUGCUCUGAUCUUUAUGGCUAUUUACUACACGCAUUCUCAGGCCUGCUUCCUCAACAAGAUCUUUUUGGGUGUGAACUCGGGUUUAUGCUUCAUCGUUUCACUGCUGGCCAUUUCACCCUGCAUUCAGACAUUCCAACCUACCUCAGGCCUUCUCCAGCCAGCCAUCAUCAGCGUCUACGUCAUGUACCUCACCUUCUCAGCCCUGUCUAGCAAGCCCAUUGAAAUGGUGGAGCAGGAUGGAAAGAACAUCACUGUCUGCGUACUUCCUUUCUGGAUCAGAGGAGACAGAAAAAUCGCGACAGGAGUAGGAACGGCCAUUUUGUUCGCCUGCGUGCUUUAUUCAUGUUUGACCUCAACAACGAAGAGGAGCUCAGCAGCGUUACGAGUGUACAGAAACUCCAUGCAAGAAAAUGAGAGGGCCCGCUGCUGCUUCUGCUGCGCCGACUUUGCAGAUGAUGCAGAUGACGAGGAGAAGACCGCAGGAGGACAGAACGUCAUUUACGAUGAGCAAGAGGGCACGGUCUACAGCUAUACCUACUUCCAUUUCGUCUUCUUCCUUGGCUCACUCUAUGUUAUGAUGACCGUCACAAACUGGUUCCAUUAUGACAACGCUAAGAUUGAGAGAUUGCUGGAAGGGAGCUGGUCAGUGUUUUGGAUCAAGAUGGCAUCUUGUUGGGUUUGUCUCUUCCUCUACAUGUGGACUCUGGUGGCCCCAGUGCUCUUUCCAAAGAGAUUUGAAGCAUAAAGCCAGUACACGUCCAAAUACAUCGCUCUCUCCUAAAACUAUUAUGUCUAGUAGAUUUCAUGUUACUGUUCCUUCAAAAGGUUUAACUUGUGUGUAAGGCAUAAACCACCUGACAGUGUGUCACACUCUAAUGACAGAUCAGUGGAGAUUCGUUACGUCAUUUUGAUUACUUGGUGAUCUUUUUUCUUUUUUUUUUUUAAUAUAUAAAGGACUAGAAAACA